AUGAUUCGGUUAAUAAGCGUAUUAGUAUUUGUCCAUGCUGCUGGUGCUAUUCCGGUUGAUAAUGGUGUAGAAGGUGAACCGGAAAUUGAAUGUGGACCAACAUCUAUUACUAUCAAUUUUAAUACUCGAAAUCCAUUUGAAGGUCAUGUAUACGUAAAAGGAUUAUAUGAUCAAGAAGGAUGCCGUAAUGAUGAAGGUGGUCGACAGGUAGCCGGAAUUGAGCUUCCAUUUGACUCCUGUAAUGUUGCUCGAACACGAUCAUUGAAUCCACGUGGUAUUUUUGUUACAACAACAGUGGUCAUUUCAUUUCAUCCAUUGUUUGUCACAAAAGUUGAUCGUGCUUAUCGAGUACAGUGCUUUUACAUGGAAGCUGAUAAAACAGUCAGCACUCAGAUUGAAGUUUCCGAGAUGACAACCGCAUUUGCAACACAAAUUGUACCGAUGCCUGUAUGUCGAUAUGAGAUCCUUGAUGGUGGACCAUCAGGACAACCAGUUCAAUUUGGUACCAUUGGGCAACCAGUAUACCAUAAAUGGACAUGUGACUCGGAAACUGUUGAUACAUUCUGUGCAGUGGUACAUUCAUGUUUCGUUGAUGAUGGUAAUGGUGAAAAAGUGGAAUUAUUAAAUGCUGAUGGAUGUGCUUUAGAUAAAUUCCUUCU